UAUUUUAACGUAAAAUAUUGAAAUAAAGUAAGCAGUUAAAUGGGUUUGUGGUUCAAAACUGUAACAUAAUCAAAAUAUUAAUUAUAAAACUUUCGUAUAAACUGAAUACGUAGUAAGGAACAAUUAAUUAUUUCGAGAUGUUUUACAUGUGUAAAUUUUUUUAUUAACCCAUUAGUAUAUUAUCGUUACAUGAUCGUGGUUGUGAUUAAGACAAAAAAAAUUUUUUUUUUUUGUUGCGACUUGGUUGCGUUGUGUUUAUCCACUAAGGCGGUGGCGGAAGAGUAGGGUAAGUCAUUCUCGUCGUACGUCGUACCGUCGUACCAUAGCAGGCGGCUAUGAUGGGUGUGUGUGGGAAUCUUGUUUCGGAGUGAUUUUGGCGAGGGGUGAUGAUUUCAGUGCUCAUAUACGUAAAAUAGUUUUUCUCAUAGUUAUCUGUUUUUUUUUUUAAUCCUGUGCUUGCAAAUUACAUUUGUUCGCGGACUGUAGUUACCGGUAAACAAUGUGUUAUGGCGGGCGUUGAGGUGUUGCUGUUGUGAACAGCCUUUACCGGGAAUUCAUUAACAGAGGUGAUUCUGUUUGACCGGUUGUGUAUUUUAGACUUGAGAGUCGUUAGUAAUUUCUGUAUCAGUUUGAAGAUGGUGAAAGAGAAGCCUAAUUCUACCCGCAUAUAUGAUGAAGAUGGCUUCAGACGAAGAGCUGCAUGUAUUUGUGUUCGAAGUGAACUUGAGAAUGAGGUGCUCCUGGUGUCGUCCUCCCGCCGGCCCGACCACUGGAUCGUGCCGGGGGGCGGCGUGGAGCCCGAGGAGGAGCCCAGCACCACGGCCAUCCGCGAGGUGAUGGAGGAGGCGGGCGUGUGCGGCAAGCUGGGCCGCUGCCUCGGCGUCUUCGAGAACACGGAGCACAAGCACCGGACGGAGGUGUUCGUGCUGGUCGUGACGGAGGAGCUGCCCGAAUGGGAAGACUCCAAGACGAUAGGUCGCAAACGCAAGUGGUUCACGGUGGAAGAUGCCCUGGAACAGCUGUCGCUUCACAAACCAGUCCAGCUGAACUACCUCCAGUCGCUGCUAACAAGCGAACGCAACAACAAGGUCACCUGAGUGGUUCUUCCCCGUCGUGUUUUUGCUGUAACCACUCGACUUGCACACAAUAGGAUGAUAUUACCUGCUCCCACUUUGCCAUGUGUUAUGUUUUAAACUUUUAAAAAUAGGUAUUAUUGUAGCUGCUGCCACCUAAGUGUUAGUAAUCUUCGUGAGUCUACUGCCAAUCUCUAGUUUUCAACGGUGAUUGCAUUAUGUCGCUACAACUUGGGAACGUCAGCAGGUGAUUGUAGCCUGCUCACUUCACUGAAUGUGCUAUAUUAAAAGACUGUGUCUACUAUUAAAGUUUUUAUUUUUCUCUGAUAUUCUAUUUUAAUCUUGAAGUUUUUAUAGUUAUUUAAUAUGAGAUGUGGGCCCUAGCUUAGUGAAAAAAUGCAGUGUGCGCUCUGCAUGCUCACUAUUUUCCUGCAGGGAUCGACAGUAAAUUCACUGAAUAUUAUAUAGGAAUUGUAAAUACAAAAAAUAUCAUUUGUGUGGUUCUUCAUUAGCACUUUUGUUUCAAACCUUUUGUCAGUUUAUGUAAUGCAGGAGAAUAAAUCAUACUGUACCUCUAUUUUUUAUUUCUUGUACUUUCAUUUUAAGUCACUAAAAUAUAUCACAAACAAGUAUGUAUUUGAUUUUAAAUUUGUGAUCAAAUUACUAGUUUCUUCUAAUCAACAUACUAUAUUGUUGUAAAUUUCUUAUUUUUUGUAGCAUGCAUGUAGGUUUUUUUUUUUUUUUUUUUUUUUGUUUCCUCCAGUUGUCUUUUGAGAUUUACCUCUUAACCAAGUGUCAUUUUUUAAAGCUCAGCUUUGCAGUAACUGUUAGUAAUGAUGUAUGUAUAGCUAGUAGUACUUUGGUUUGAUGCUAGUUCAGUGUAUUUUAUGCAUAAUUACAGCAGUGGUAAGGGUGCUAAAGUUUCCAUCACACUUUGUAGAAUAAAGAGACACUGGUUGGUAUAGCAAAAUAUUACUACAAAUUAUUGGUCAUGAAUGUGAUAGACCUGUCCCAUACAAUGGAUUUAUUUUUAAUAAAAAUGGAUAAAAUAACAGUGUAUAGAGUUGCUUCUCUUGCAUGUGGUUGUUUUAUCUACUUCUUAUCAUAACACAUUUUUUUCAGAAUGAUUGGACAGUAAGAUUUUUUAAAUUUUCAUAGUUUCAUUGAUAAUUUUGAUGAAUAUUUAUUUAUGCUUUUCUGUGGGUCAUUACUUUAUUUGGACAAUAUGUAAGUAUGAUUUAUAAUUAUUUAGGUCUGUAAAGUUUUAUAUAGAGAAAACAUUUUUUCGUGUACAUAAGUAUUGUAUGUAUAGUCUGAAAUUUGUAUGCAUAAGUUUACAUUUUUGUAAAUAUAUUGUUUGCUUAAUGUUGAAAUUUCAUUUAAGUAAGAUAAAUGCCAUAUUGAAA